AUGGCUUCUUGGGCGUUCGUGACCGUAUUGACCUCUGACUCAUAUCUCCCGGGGGCUUUGGUCACCGCGGCCUCAAUCAAACGUACGGAGGAGGCGUCAACGCGCAAAUACGAUUUGGUUUGCUUGGUAACUCUGGACACCGUCAGCGUUCAAUCCAUAAAAGCCUUAAGGCAAAUAUACGACUUGGUUAUCAGCGCCGAAGAAAUCCGAUCAGGGCAUUCUGAGCAUGAACUCAAUCUCUUGGGACGACCAGACUUGUCAUCUACAAUCACGAAAAUCCAUAUCUGGCGACUCACUCAAUACGAAAAAGUGAUCUAUCUCGAUUCAGACACGCUCUUACUCAAACCCAUCUCGCAUUUAUUCGAACUCGCAUCCCCGUUCUCAGCUUGCCCCGACAUCGGUUGGCCCGAUUGCUUCAACACAGGUCUCAUGGUGACGUCCCCCAGCAGUGAAACGUUUGAAAAGAUUUUCCAGCAUUUUCUGUCUCAUGGAAGCUGGGAUGGAGGUGAUCAAGGCCUUCUCAAUGAUUACUUUUCCCGAUCAUCGGGAGAGCUAUCUGCUGCAGAAUCGGGCGACCAGUCACAAGGUUGGAACCGCCUGAGUUUUAUCUAUAAUGUUACUCCUUCGACUUACUACACUUACGCGCCAGCAUACAAGCGCCAUGGUGAUAAGAUAUCAAUGAUACACUUCAUCGGCAGUGAAAAACCUUGGCAUCUGAUCAACCGUAGAAGGUAUAGAAACGCAUACGCACCAAAUCAGCAGUCCGAAUCUCUCAAUGCAGUAAGCUAUGAUAGCUUAGUCGACCAUUGGCUGGAUGUUUACGAAGAUGUCGUUGGGCCGGUUGAACCCUUGGAAUGGGCGUCGUUCCAGCCCGAAUUCAAUGUUCCAAAAUACAUCUCAGAAUGGGAUUCUACGAAGCCGAGCGCGUACCAACCCCCGACUCUUGACGAAUUGAAAGAAACAUUCAGUCGGAGGCAAGCUGCCAUCGGGUCGCAAUCGCACAACCUGUCCACUUCCAAUAAUGAGGGUGGCUACACGAGCUUACCCUUUCUUGAUCUGUCUCGGAAGGUUCGUGAUUUUAUGUCGAUCAAACACGGUAAAAGUGCUACGAGUUCUACCCAAGAUUUGCGAUCGGCUCCUUCGGAUUCUAAUCAUUCCCAAGACAGACAAGAUGAUCACUCCCAUGAGGUCUGGGACCCUUCGCGAUCUUCCCCGCCACCUCGUGGAGGGUACCAAAUGAACCAGCCAAUCACCAAACACUACGAGGCUGUUUGGGACAAACCUUUUAGCGAACAAUCCCGCAGCUUUUUCCAGCCGCCCGCAAUAAGCCAUUCCAUUCCUCAGAUUACACAUCAAGAUUAUAGCCAGUUUUCGACGGCGCCCCAACCUAACGCGGUGCAAGCCGUGUUUCCGUGGGAGGAAAACGCGCGGCAGCACGCCGGUCGAGUCUUUCCAAGUGAAGCGAGCCGUACCUCCACUUCCAACUCAGCACAUCAGCAAGAUCACAGCCACUCUCCAGCCAAUGCGAGUUUGUGCCAGAUUUAUCGAAACGCAUGGGAUGACGAUCCGAUGAUUGGACGCUGGGCUAAAGCGAGAAGUAUCUCUGGUUCGAAUAGAAACCCGAGUUCGGGGGGGAUAAAAUCUGAAAAAACCAAAGCAGCAUUAAUUCAAACACCUCGUCUAGAGAUCAGAGGUUUUGAUUUUGACCGAUGCGGAAGGGAAGGGCAGAAUCUAAGUAGGGAAACGGAAGACGUGGGUAGAAUUCCCACUUGUGAUAAUUCUCAUCAACACCAUCAUCCGUCAAGACAAAUAACAUUUUCGUCAUCAUCAUACCGACCGAGAAGAGACUCUGAGGAAGAAACAAGUAGUGAAUCGACAAUAACCACCCCACCCGAAAAACCAAAAGCUUCGGAUCAAGAUUCGGUCAAACUGGAAGCGACCGAGAACCCAGAAAUUAACAAGACUAGUCCAUAUGGUUCGACCUCCCGACUUCCCACCAACCGCUCUAUGAUCAUCGGCGUCCCAGUUCAAAUGUUACGAACAUCCUCCUCAUCCAGUAAUAGUAGUGCCCGUAGUUGGGAAAGCGAUGAUAAGAACAAUCUUGCAAGGAGAGCUACGAGGCUCAUGGGUUGA